AUGGCCUCCGCCGCCGUCGCGACCCACGUCAACGGCGACGCAGCAUUGUCGCGUCCGGAUUCGCCCGCUUCAAUCAAUUCCUCCACCAAGCGGAAGCGCGAAUCAAGCGACGACAACCAGUCCGAUUUCAACUCCCGCAACCCGCCCCAGCUGCCUGUUAAUGGCGUGCACACUCCUCAAGACAGCAAAUCGCUCAUUCGCGAUCUCUAUGAUGUUUUGCAAAACCACGAUCCCGAUCGCUCAUCCAUCCUCAAGCGCCCUAUCCCAGAAUCCCUCCCGGAUGGCGAGCCAUCUUCGAAACGAGCGAAAUCGGAAGACUCCAACAAGGCCGUCACCAUCGCCGACAAGGUGACGCAAGGCGCAUAUGAGACUCUGGAUGACCUGGUUUCCGACAUUGUCCAAACUGCGAAUGCACAAGCCAAGGAACUUGAAACUGCAGGCAUCUUGGGCGGCACCAAUGCCCUGACCAAGACGAUCGCAUUCAGGACUAAGGCGUUAGAGCUGUAUCGGCGAGAGCUCUCCUAUCCCAACGUACCCCGACCAACUUCUGGGAAGUCUGCUCGGGGACCGGCGCCAGAUGAGGGCGGUCUCGUUCUGACGGCGAUCGGCCCUGCCCCAACCGCAAAACCUGUUUUUUCCAGCCUGCAAAGGGGGGCAAACGCCGAGAUUCUUGCGAGAGCCUCAUUGCCUCGAGGUGUCACCGUCACUAAGGUUCUGUCCGACGCUGCCGCCUUGGGCGAUAAGAGUGGCCGCUCCCUCACGCUGGGAGAAUUGUUUCCCUCUCCCCGGAAUCUUCCUCCUCUGCAGCCACCGAAGACUCCCAAAACGACCACAAAAAGCAACGUCCUGACCUUUUAUCACCCCGAAUUUGCCGAGAAGUCAAAGUACCGUUCCGGGAGUUACUUCUCUCAGAACAUCUCCACCGGGAACUGGCUUGAUUACACUAAUGCUACACCGACGACCCAUGCCAAGACAAAACAGCGAGAGCGCGCUCAGAGUCUAGCGGGCGUCAAGCCGUCCACAAUUGAGCUCGAAAUAUCCGAGAUGGAGUCUCUUUUCCGCGGUGCAUUCUCCGCAUUUGCGCCGUGCAAGGACGACUCAGGUGCCAUUGUACCUUCGGGGCAGGUGAGCCGCAUCUGGUGGCAGCGCGUCGGUCGGCGAAGCUAUGCCAGAAUGGCCGAAGCUGAAGAGCCCGAGGACGAAAACGAGGGGGGCUCUACCGUUGACUCGGCCUUGGUCAUGGAAAUCGACGAGGAGUACGUGAAAGACGCCAUCGAGAACUGGGAUGAAACGGCGAUUGACCCGGGCCUGGACCAUGCUCUGGGCAAGAAAUCUGACCAGGAAAAGGAGGUAGAUGAUCUGCUCGAGGAAGUUUCGGACCUGAUUGAAACCCUGGCAUCCUACCAGCGCAACCGAAACCUUACACUACCAACCAGCCAAGACCGUUACUCGGCUGAUCCCGUGAACGGCGACAUGCUACGGAACGGCAGUCUCUCGCACCAGCCAAGUGAAGAGGAAGUGAUGACAUACGAAGCCCUCAAGGCACAGCUGUCAUUAAUCAUCCAGACCCUUCCCCCUUACGCCGUGGCACGCCUUAAUUCCGAUAAGCUUGCGGAGCUGGCCGUGAGCACCAAAAUUGAGAUUCGCUCCGACGACUACCGGGGGGUCAUGGAAGAGGACGAGCCCGCACGGCUUCAAAGGUUGGCACAGGCUGCGCAGCAGACGUCUGCCCAACGCCAAGCACAUAGGACGCCGAGCGUUUCCGGCCAGUACGCCAGCCACCAGUAUCAGGCACAAUUCACGCCGUCGGUCCGUCCUGUAGGGGGAGCGCAGCACUUCCCUCAAACGCCAGUCCGACCGCAGGCCUCCAAUAUGUAUUCCAGGGCGCCAUCCAGCGUGCCUAUUCCGCAGCCGCACCAACAAGUCCAGCCACGGCCGGCGCCCGGGACACAGUUCAGACCAACCAUGUAUGCACCCCAACUGGCUAAGGCUCAGGGUCCGUACGGCCAUUCCAAUAUGCCACAUCAGUUUGCGGCCAGCCCAUCGCAAUCACGGAUGCAGCAACAUCCAAACUACAACAUGGGACAGCCUGGCGCUCCGAAUCAGAGGUUCUCACAGGGCUACCCUCCUGGCUACCAGCAACACCAGCAAAUCCAGCCACACCCCCAACAUGGGCAGCCCUCGCCGCACCCGCAAAUGUCUCCACAUCAGCCGCCGAUGGCCCCUCACGGCCAGCAGCCGCCUUACAUGCCGUACGCCAAUGGUGGGCAGAUGCCCCGGACUUUGUCUCCACAGGUUCCGCAAGCACACCCAUACAGCCAGUCACCCACCCCGCCCCAGCAGCACCAGCAGAUAGCCGGCCGUCCACCGUACGGGAGUCCAGGACCGGGCAUGCCGCCGAAUGUUAACGCAGUGCCCCGACAGUACGGCGCUGGCUCGCCGGGGCCGGGGAUGAUGCAAGGAGCAGCAGCAGCAGUUGCAGCAGGUGCGGGAGCAGGCGGAACAGGAGGAGGAAACAACAGACAACAGACGGGAUCCAAUCUGACGGGCUUCGCGACUGUCAUGCCCGAGGUGCAGCAGCGACAGGUCAUGGAGCAGGCGCGAGCGCGCGCCGACGCGGAGCAGCGCGUCAGCGGGCACAUGGGUAAAGUUACGCAGACGCAGCAGGCCCCGGGCGAGGUUGUGGGGUUGGCGGGGAUUGGGCUGGCGGGUCAUAUGGACGUGCACAAAGUUGCGGCGGCCAAAAUGCAGCAGCAGCAGAUGGGGAAUAUGGGAAGUCCUCAACACCAUAACAAUGGUCAUGCUCACGGUCAGGGGCAGGGUGUGUCGUCGCCUGGUAUCAAGGUCGGGCCGGCUGCUGUGAAUGGUGGUGGUGUUGGUGGUGGUGGUGAGAAUAGUCCGAGGCCGGUCCAGGCUGCGCCGGUGGGUCCGGGGACGGGGACGGCGAGUCCUGCGCCGCAGCAGGGGAAACCUAGUGCGUGA